AUGAGACGCUUUCCAAGUGUUAUUGGUUGCAUAGAUGGGACACACAUCCGCAUCCAGGCUCCAGCUCAAGAGGAACACGAAUUUAUAAACAGAAAAAAUUUCCAUUCUAUUAAUGUCCAGGUGAUAUGUGAUGCUGAUAUGUGCUUCAUCAAUGGUAUAGCCAAAUGGCCUGGGUCAGUGCACGACGCGCGAAGUUUCAGACAAUCGCCCCUGUUUGCGGACUUUGAAGGAAACAAACCUCCACUAGACGGCAUUAUACUGGGAGAUAGUGGAUACAUGCUUCGAACGUGGCUCAUGACACCCAUUAUGAACCCAACUACAAGAAAACAGACAAAUUUCAACUUUGCUCACUCGUCAACACGAACAACUGUUGAACGAAGCAUUGGUGUGGCUAAACAAAGAUUUCAUUGUCUCCGUUGUGGUUUACGACUUCAACCCCCCAAAGCCUGCAAAGUCAGCAUUGUGUGUUUCAUGUUGCACAACCAUGCAAGACGUCAGAAGCUUCCACCACCCGACGAUGCAACAAACCCUUCAAGCAUUUCAGAAGAUGGGGAUGAUGGGGACGAUUGUACUACCCAGCAAACCAUAUCAGAGAGAACAAGAACAGCGGCAGGGAAAACAGUUAGAGACAGAAUAAUCAACGAAUGCUUUUAA